UUUUGCGCUAAGCCCGCGAUGUGUUGAAUUGAUUUGAAAUGAGACUUGAAUUGUUUUUUGACUAGUUUGUAACCUUUUUUGAAGUGGCUUGGUUACAGUAACGUUGUUACUAUACGAAUUUUUUCUGCUUUUCAGAGCUUUUCGAUACGACCUCGUCGUUUUUCGGCUAGCCACGCCGCCUUCUUUCAUUUGUCGUCUCUGUCUCUGGUGACUUUUACUAUUGAAAUUAUGCCCAGAAAACGGAAGGACGAUGUCCUAUCCAUUCCUAACUCCUCUAGUGAGGAAGAAUUUUCUGGCUUUGAGCCCGAGGUUGAAAAACAGAAAGCCCCUCGGGGUACCGCAAAUAAGAAAUUAUCCUCCGUUGUAACGAAAGUUACGAAGGGAAGUAACUCUAAUCAGUCUGAUAAGCCUACUUCCGGUGUUAAAGAAAAUUCACACAGCAGGGAAAAAGAAUCAGAUAAAAGGUCAGAAAACGUUAUUAAUCUUGAUAACUUGACAUCAGAGUCCGUUGAGAAGUUAAGAUCUAUCUUGGGUAUUCAAAAUUCUGACCAAAACCCUCCCCUUACAGAAAGUAACAGUUAUAACGAAUACGAGUAUGACGACGGAGAAUUGUCGGAUACUGACCGCACUCCCUUGUACAGGGCAAAUUUAGCGGAUAACAUAGGCGAUAAUUUGUUUAGGGAUGGUAAUAAUGAUGGUGACAACCCCGAGGGAGAAGUUGAUGAGUUUAGUUGGAAUCUCCCAAAAUUAAAAACCCCUGACAAAGGCGAAGCUGUCAGUAAUUCUCUGGCAGAUUUGAUCAACACUGCCUGUACUAACCAAUGUCAAGUAGACAACAUUAUUGAGAAAUACAAAGUCCAAUCUAAUUGCCAAUUUAUGGGGGCCCCUCGUAUAAACGAGGAAAUUUGGGACGAUUUGACAAAAAUGAAAAGAGUACAGACUACUGAUAAGUCUUUGCGAGACAUCCAAAAUUUAGUAUGCACUGGCAUGCUACCAAUUCUAGAGCUAGCUAAGGUGUUGAAGACACACAUUUCUACCCUUCCACUAGUUAAAGAUCUCAUUGCUGAUUCUAUCACUGUCAUGGGUCAGGUGCAGUUUAUGCUUAGCGUAAGGAGGCGUUACCUUCUUCUGCCAUCUUUAAAAUCCAGAUAUUCCAAUAUUUUCAGUAUAAGAACACCAAUAACAUCUUACCUUUUUGGUGACGAUAUUGCUAAAGAAUUGAAAAAAUGUGAAACAAGUGUAAAAAUUGGUAAAUACAAUUAUAGUACUGGGUAUUCGCGGCCUAGACAGAGCAGUUUUGGCCCGUUUAGGGGCGGUCGUGGCAAACCUUACAGGGGCAGAGGUCAUCCAUAUGCCAAGCCGUAUUUUGAUCGACAACAACCAUACGGUCAGUUCGGAUAUCAGCAUAAUAUUGUGCCGAGAACAUCCAAGAAGAACGUGACCGCUACAGCGACAAAUGCAAGUGCCACAUGUAACCCAAACUAAAACCCCAGGGUUUCAAAGCAAAGGCUGCCGAGACACCGAGACAUCGUGACAUUACCACACAAUGGGGCACACCAUCCAAUGGGCAAGAAUUUACAGCUAUUUGGGGCAAUUGUGUCAGGAAAUCCCUUAAGGAUCGAAGAGUUCCAGCAGAUGCUGCAGAAACAGUCAUUAACAGUUGGCGUAUCGGUACCAGAAAACAGUACACAGGGGCUUGGAAGAAAUGGACAUUUUGGUGUUGUAUUCGGAACUGUGAUCCCGUUCAACCAUCUGAAGAAAUGAUUGUUUCUUAUUUACUGUUUUUAAGGGGACGCAUACUUUGAAAUUAGAAAAAAGUGGGUGGGGUAUUAUAAAAUUUACCUGCAAAAAAGUACAAGGUUUUGGUAAAUGAAAUGAAUACUGUUUCAACUGUUAUAAGUACACAAAGGAUUGCUCACUAAAAUAAAAAUGAGAAAAACUGAAAUAAGAAAGUUAUUGUUGAAUUACAUAAGACUUCUUGUGUACAUUCAAAGUCAACAAUUAAGACUUUUUGGUGCGAAAAUAAUAGUGCUUCACUUUGUCCAAACAUUUAUCAAUGUCCUACAGAUUCUAAUUUAAAGCAAGAAUGUGAAAUAAGUUCACUGUCUUGCUUUUCAUUUCGCAUAUGUGAGCUAAAACUCAUUAUUUAGUUUGUUUACAAAGUAGUGCAUAAGAAAAGAUACGGUGGUCAAGGAAUGCCACAUUCUAAAACUAUAAGAGUAUAUUCCCCUUAAUACAUUAAACAUUUAUCGUUACAGAAGUCUAGUGGCUUACAAUGAAGGCCUAGAAAUGUUGCCAUUAUUAAUUUUUAACUUGGUAUUCAUGAACUACAAUGCACUUAAAUAUCAAAACACAUUCAACAAACUUUUGAAAAUGUAUUGUCUUAAAAAUCCCUAAAAUAAGGUAUGAAAUUUGGUUGAGAGGUCCAAUCAAUGUGUAUAUGUGGAAAAGCAACAUUCUAAUCUUGUUCACAAAAGUUACUAAUACACAGCUGGAAUGUCAAUGAUCAAAACUGGACGAAUAUACAUUUAUCCGCACUUUAAUGUCAUUUAUAAUUUGUCCUUGAAUUCUCCACCAUACUUUUCAUAACUCUGUUUGCACGAGUUGCACGAGAAUGCUGUCAUUCACGUAAAAAACGGGGUCAAAUAAGUUGUAAAUGCAAUAUCAUCUAAACGUAAUUAAUGGAUUAUGCAGUUCAAGAUAAACUUUAUCUCAUAAC